AUGAGCGCAUCUCACAACGAUCAACAUAAAACUGAUAUUGAACUUCAAGAUAGAAGAGGAAUUGGGAGCGAUGAUUCCAAAAGAACCAGAGCUAUCAGUGAUAUCAAUCACGAGAUGAAAAAAUUAAAUGGUAAAGACGAGUAUGGAGCAGAUGGAAAAUAUAAUUCUAGAGACAGUCUGGAUACUCCACUAAAUUCAGGGCCUAGACCUGCAUUUUACUUCAUGGAUACAGAAUCACUGAAAUAAUUGAAACUUAUCGUUGAUUCUCAAGAUAAAACUGCAAAUCCAGCAGCACUUGGAUUACUUGGCUUUGGUCUGACCACUUUCCUUUUAAAUAUGCACAAUGCCGGUGUGUAUCCAUUAAACACAAUGAUACUUGCAAUGGGACUUUUCUACGGAGGGCUUGCUUAACUAAUCGCCGGUAUUUUUGAGUGGAAAAAAGGCUAAAUGUUCGGAAUGAUAGCAUUUAUGUCUUAUGGACUUUUUUGGAUUUCACUCUGCACUCUUUUAAUACUUCCAGACCUUGGCAUCGGUAAAGCUACAAAUCCCACAGCUAUGGCUUGGUACUUGUUUAUUUGGGGCUGCUUCUCAACCUGUAUGUUCGUUGGAACCUUGAAGAGUAAACCAUGGGCUUUGGUAUUCGUCUUUUUCACAGUUGUACUACUGUUCUUCUUAUUGGCAUCGUACAAUUGGACUUUGAAACCUGAUGUCCUAAAGGCUGCUGGCAUUGAGGGAGUCAUCUGUGGACUCUCAGCAAUCUACACAGCUUUCGGAGAAAUCCUGAAUGAAACUUACGGAAGAACUAUUAUCCCAUUAGGAAUAAGAACUCCUCCUAAGAAAUGA